AUGUCUCUGCGAACCAGUACAAAAGCUGAGUUGGUGAGAUGUCCGCCGAAUCACAUGCAGUGCAUUGGCUCCAAAAUGUGCAUCCACUUCAAUAAACUUUGCGAUGGAGCGAGAGAUUGUGAGGACGGAUAUGAUGAAGGAGUACACUGUCGAGAACUCCAGCCAAAGUGCCAAGAGUUGUUGUGUCAGUACGGCUGUGUCAAAAUGAGAAACGUGACAUUCUGCUUCUGUGCAGACGGCUUCGAGGUGGAACAGGAUGGUCGAGCCUGCAGAGAUCACGAUGACUGCACAGUAUAUGAUACAUGUAGCCAGACCUGUAUGAACACCUUUGGAUCAUAUAGAUGUAGCUGUACAGAUGGAUACAUCCUACAACCCAACAGAAGGUCCUGCAAAGCCAAGACCGAUCCUGGGGACAGACCACCUGUGUUGCUGAUUGCGAGUACAGAACACAUCACAGUCACACACCUCAAUGGGUCGUCUAUACCCAACCUAAAGCCAUUGGAUACUAAUCAGACGAUUCACACGUUGGAUUUCUAUUACAAGGAGGAAUCAUUAUGUUGGAUCGCCUUUACAAACUCCAACCGUCAGCUUUGGUGUGCCACCAUGACAAAGUUUAAAGGCUUUUCACAGAUGCGAAGAGUAAGGAUAGGAGAGAAUCUAGAGAAUGUGGAACAUUUUGCCAUUGACUGGCUCACAAGAAGCAUUUACUUUGUGGAUAGAGUAAGUGAAAGAAUAUAUGUCUGCAAUGAACAAGACGACGCAUGUGUCACAAUAGUUGAUCUCGAUCUUCAAAACCCUGGUGGAAUUGCUCUAGACUCAUUGAUGGGGAAAAUGUUCUUUACGGAUUUGGGGAGUACAGCCAAGUUGGAACAGUGCAAUAUGGACGGCACCAACAGGACCAGGAUAGUGGAGAACAGAAUAGAGAAGCCCACAGCUGUUACUCUAGACCUGGUUAGAAAGCUGGUCUACUGGGCAGAUUCUGCCCUGGACUAUAUCCAAGUGGUGGAUUACAAUGGGCGCAACCGGCACACUCUUAUCCAUGAAAGCUCUUUGCUGCACCUCCACGGAUUAUCACUCUUUGAAGAUUAUUUGUUUGCAACUCGCACCGAGCCAUCUAAAGGAACAAAAGCGGACAUUUUACAGAUAAAUCGGUUUAACGUAGCAGACGUUCAAACUGUUACCACCGUGGAGAAUUCUGUGGGAAUACGUGUUUACCAAAAACUCACCCAACCAACAGUCAGGACUCAUGCGUGCGAUCCCGAUCCUUCUGGAAGAAAAGGAGGAUGCUCUCACAUGUGUCUGCUCAGUGGAAGUUACAAAUCUAGAUCCUGUCGCUGUCGAACAGGCUUUGUACUGGGAAGUGACAGAAAAUCCUGCAAGAAGCCUAUGAAUGAGGUAUUCCUGUUCUACGGACGAGGGAGACCCGGUGUCAUCCGAGGCCUGGACCUGAAUAGCAAGUCGGAGGCUGAGCACAUGGUGCAGAUUGACAAUCUUGUAAACCCUCGGGCGAUCAGCUUCCAUGCAGAGACCAGCCACAUAUACUUUGCCGACACAACCAGCUUUCUGAUUGGCCGACAAAGACUGGAUGGGACCAAUCGAAAAACGAUCCUUAAAGAUGACCUUGAUAACGUGGAGGGGAUCUCAGUGGACUGGAUAGGGAACAACUUGUACUGGACAAAUGAUGGCUACAGGAAAACAAUCAACGUUGCCAGAUUGGAGAAAGCUGCACAAACAAGGAGAACUCUGUUAGAAGGAGAUAUGUCUCACCCCAGAGCGAUCGUGGUGGACCCUCUGCACAGCUGGAUGUACUGGACAGACUGGGAGGAGGAUGAGGUGAACGAUAGUGUCGGCAAGAUAGAGAAAGCCUGGAUGGAUGGAUCACACCGGCAGGACUUUGUCACUUCAGGCAUCCUGUGGCCUAACGGACUCACUCUGGACCAUGGCUCCAGUAACAUGUACUGGUGCGACGCUUAUUAUGACCACAUAGAGAGAAUCUCCCUCGACGGUACCCACAGAACGGUGGUGUAUAACGGCAAAGAAUUAAACCAUCCCUUUGGAAUUUCCCUGCACCAGAAUUCCGUUUUCUGGACAGAUUACAUGAACGCCUCUAUUUUCCAACUGGACUUGCAGUCAGGGCAGGUUGCUCUUAUGAGAAUCGAGAAACCCCCUCUUUUUGGGCUAUCUGUGUACGAUGCUCAAAGGCAGCAAGGUGACAAUGCGUGUGGGGUUGAUAAUGGUGGCUGCGGUAGCCUGUGUCUGGCCAUUCCCGGUAGCAGAGUGUGUGCCUGCGCUGACAACCAGUACCUGGACACGAAUAACCUCACCUGCUCCUCCACAUUGGGAGAUUCAGGGGACCAUGGGGAGCCACAGAGAUGUGGGAAUGAAGAGUUCCAGUGUAGGAACCAGCGUUGUGUCCAGGCCUCCUGGAAAUGUGAUGGGGACGAUGACUGUUUGGACGGGAGUGAUGAGGAACCGUACAUCUGCUAUAAUCGUAGUUGCCCUGCGGAUCAGUUCAAGUGUCUGAACAACCACUGCAUCCCCAAGAGGUGGCUCUGUGACGGGACCAACGACUGUGGGAACAACGAGGACGAGUCCAACUUCACCUGCUCUGCGGGAUCAUGCCAAGCUGACCAGUUCUCCUGUGAGAACGGGAGAUGCAUCCCAGAGUCCUGGCGUUGUGACAGGGAUGACGACUGUGGGGACCACACUGAUGAGACCGCCUCUUGUGAUUUCGCCACAUGUGAGCCCCUUACACAGUUCAGCUGUUCCAAUGGAAGGUGCAUUAGUGUGAAAUGGCACUGUGACUCAGAUGAUGACUGUGGGGAUGGUAGUGACGAGGUGGGUUGUGUCCAUGCCUGUUCCGGUGCCCAAUUCCAGUGUGCCAGUGGGAAGUGUAUCCCUGACCACUGGGCCUGUGACGGGGACGAUGACUGUGGGGACAACAGUGAUGAGAACACCACCUGCACUGGGACAGCCUCGGUAUUAGCUGAUGACUGCAGCGGAGAUGAGUUCCAUUGCCGGGACGACGGUGGCACCUGUAUCCCUGAGCGCUGGAGGUGUGACGGGGACAAGGACUGCGAGGACGGGAGUGACGAGGCAGACUGUGAAGGCGCCAGCAGAAUGUGCGACCCGCACGCAAAGUUCACCUGUCAAACCUCAGGCAAGUGUAUCAGUAAGAGCUGGGUGUGUGACGGGGACUAUGACUGUGAGGAUCUGUCCGAUGAGGAAAGCUGUGAGAAAUCGCCCUGUAAACCUCCCAGAUACCCCUGUGCCAACGACACCUCCGUCUGCCUGCCUCCUGAGAGCAUCUGCAACGGGAGAUAUGACUGCUCUGACCACUCUGAUGAGGGACACUUCUGUGCCGAUUGCAUUUUGGGUAACGGCGGCUGUAGCCACCAGUGUGCAGUGGCUCCUGGGAGGGGCGUGGUGUGCUCCUGCCCGCCGGGGCUCAGUCUAAGCCCAGACAACAGGACGUGCCAGACCCUGGACUACUGCUCCAGGCACCUCAAGUGCAGCCAAGUGUGUGAGCAGUAUAAAGCAACCGUCAAGUGUUCCUGCUACCCAGGCUGGAGGCUGGCACUAGAUGGAGACAGCUGCCAGAGUACAGAUCCCUUUGAGGCAUUCAUCAUCUUCUCCAUCCGCCAUGAGAUCCGGAGGAUAGAUCUCCACAGACGAGACUACAGCCUUCUAGUUCCUGGUUUGAGGAACACGAUCGCCUUAGACUUCCACUUCAAUCAGAGUCGACUCUACUGGACCGAUGUGGUUGAGGAUAAGAUAUACAGGGGGAAGCUGCUAGACUCUGCUGGUGUGACAGGGAUUGAAGUGGUGGUCCAACAUGGAUUGGCUACUCCGGAGGGUCUGGCUGUUGAUUGGAUAGCAAGGAACCUGUAUUGGAUCGACAGCAACCUAGAUCAGAUAGAGGUGGCCAAGCUAAACGGGAAGCUCCGGACCACACUGAUCGCCGGAGGGAUGGAGCACCCACGAGCCAUCGCUCUGGAUCCUGAGCAGGGAAUCAUUUUCUGGACAGACUGGGAUGCCACCUUUCCUCGGAUCGAGGCUGCUUCUAUGAGCGGAGGAGGACGCCAUGUUGUCUUCCGAGACAUGGAGAUAGGAGCCUGGCCUAAUGGUCUUACUCUGGACCUUAUGGAGAAGAGGGUUGUGUGGACUGAUGCCAGGUCUGAUGCCAUAUUCUCUGCUCUGUACGAUGGGACUGGUGUGAUAGAGAUUCUGAAAGGACAUGAGUACCUGUCACAUCCCUUCGCUGUCUGUCUCUACGGAGGUAGUGUCUACUGGACUGACUGGAGGACCAACACUCUGGCUCGGGCUAACAAGUGGACAGGGGCCAAUGUGACAGUCAUCCAGAAAACCAGCGCCCAGCCAUUUGACCUUCAGAUAUACCACCCCAGCAGACAACCACAAGCCUCAAAUCCCUGCGAGGCGAAUGGCGGUCGUGGACCCUGCUCCCAUCUAUGCCUUAUCAACUACAACCGCACCGCAUCCUGUGCCUGCCCCCACCUCAUGAAGAUAUCUGCAGACAACUUUACCUGCUUCGCACUGAAGAAAUUCCUUCUGUAUGUGAGGCGAACAGAGAUCCGUGGCGUGGACAUUGACAACCCUUACCUGAACCUGAUCACAGCCCUGACGGUCCCAGAUAUAGAUGAGGUCACAGCAGUGGACUACGAUGCAUCAGAGGAACGAAUCUACUGGACUGACGUCAAAACACAAACCAUCAAACGGUCCUCCAUCAACGGAACCGCAAUAGAGACGGUCAUAUCCGGAGGUAUUGUUAAUGUAAGAGGGCUGGCCCUGGACUGGCUCUCCAGGAACCUGUAUUGGAUUAGUUCAGAAAGCGACGAGACACAGAUAAACGUGGCGAGGCUAGACGGGUCCCUGAAAACCUCUGUGGUUCAUGGGAUUGAGAAGCCUAAGUGUCUCACCGUACAUCCGUCUAAAGGGAAAAUGUAUUGGACAGAUGGCAACACAAUCAACGUGGCCAACAUGGAUGGAAGCAAUAGCAAGAUCAUUCACCAGAACCAGAGAGAGCCAGUUGGCCUGUCGAUAGACUACACAUCAGACAAGCUGUAUUGGAUCAGUGGAGGCAACGCCACCAUCAACAGGUGUAGUCUGGACGGUAGUGGUCUGGAAGUGCUGGAGACCAUGAAGAAAGAGCUGGUUAAAGCCACAGCUCUAGCUGUUAUGGGUGCCAAGCUGUGGUGGGCUGAUGACAACUUGGCCCAGUUGGGGACCGUCAGUAAGAGAGGUGGGCUGGACAUGGUGGUUUUACGUAACAAGACCACAGGGAUUGUUCAUAUGAAGAUGUAUGACGAAGACAGCCAGACAGGGAGGAAUCUCUGUCAGGACAACAAUGGAGGCUGCUCUCAGCUCUGCUUCCCAACAUCAGAGAGCACACGGAGCUGUUCCUGUGCCGUGGGCUACAACCUCCACUCCGAUCGCAUGUCAUGUGAAGGCAUCGGGUCUUUCCUGAUGUACUCAGUUCAUGAGGGCAUCAGGGGGAUAUCCCUGGAUCCCAGUGAUAAUAGUGAAGCCUUGAUGCCGGUGACCGGCUCAGUGAUGGCUGUGGGGAUUGACUUCCAUGCUGGAAAUGACACGUUAUAUUGGACAGACAUGGGCUUGAACAGGAUAUCCAGAGCCAAGCGAGAUCAGACGUGGAGAGAGGACAUUGUCACUAGUGGUAUCGGCCGCGUGGAGGGGAUUGCAGUGGACUGGAUUGCAGGUAAUAUCUAUUGGACGGACCAUGGCUUCAACAUCAUAGAGGUUGCUCGACUCAGUGGCUUGUACCGAGCCGUGGUGAUAGCUGAAGGACUUGACCAGCCCAAAGCCAUUGCUGUGCACCCUGUGAAAGGGUUUCUGUUCUGGACAGAAUGGGGCCAAAGCCCCUGCAUCUGUCGGGCCCGGCUGGACGGAUCAGACCAAGUUAUUCUGGUCAACUCUGGAAUAGCAUGGCCCAAUGGGAUCUCCAUAGACUAUGAGGAAAAUAAAUUAUAUUGGUGCGACGCCCGCGCCGACAAGAUAGAGCGGAUCAGCCUUGAGAGCGGAGAGAGCCGGGAGAUAGUACUGUCAUCCUCAGCCAGCAACACAGCGGAUCUGUUUUCAAUGGCCGUCUAUGGGGCUUACAUAUACUGGGCUGACAGGGCUCAUGCCAGAGGCUCCAUUCGCCGAGGCGUCAAGAGUUAUCCAACGGAGGGAGCCAUGACUCUGAGGAGUGGUCUGGGAGUCAACUUGAACGAUGUCAAAGUCUUUAACCGAGGACGGGAGAAAGGAACCAACCCGUGCGGCCAAAACAACGGAGGCUGCCAUCAGCUGUGUUUCCACCAGGGCAGUGGGAGGAGGACGUGUUCCUGUGCUCACGGCUACCUGGCUAAAGACGGUCUCAGCUGUCACCAGUACGAUGGCUACCUUCUCUACUCUGAGAGGUCGAUCCUGAGGAGCAUCCACCUAUCAGACGACAGCGACCUCAACUCUCCCAUCAGGCCCUAUGAGAACCCUGCCUACUUCAAGAAUGUGAUAGCGCUGGCCUUUCAUCACCGACAACAGGACUCUGGUGGCACCAACCGGAUUUUCUAUAGUGACGUUCACUUUGGGAAUAUACAGGUUGUCAAUGACGACUGGACCGGACGGAGAGUGAUCGUUGAGAAUGUGGGGUCAGUGGAGGGCCUAGCAUACCAUGGAGCCUGGGACUCGCUUUAUUGGACCAGCUCCACCACAGCCACCGUCAGCAGGCACAGCUUGGACCAGAGCCUCCCCGGGGCCUUCACCAGAGAGGCUGUGGUCACACUGGCAGAGGACGACCACCCACAUAACCUGGCUCUGGAGGAGUGUCAGAACCUGAUGUUCUGGACUAACUGGAAUGAACUGCACCCCAGCAUUAUGAGAUCCACCCUGUCAGGAAACAAUAUCCAGAGUGUCGUCACCGCAGACAUCCUCACACCUAAUGGACUCACCGUCGACCACACCGCCGAGAAGCUCUUCUUCUCCGAUGGCAGUCUGGGAAAGAUUGAACGAUGUGAAUAUGAUGGCUCACACAGAUAUGUGAUUGCGAAGUCAGGUCCAGGAACCUUCUUUGGCCUGGCUAUCUAUGGGAACUUCCUGUUCUGGUCUGAUUGGGUAGGGAGGGCGGUGGUACGCUCCAAUAAGUACACAGGUGGCGACAUCAAGGUCCUCAGAGCCGACAUCCCCAACCAGCCAAUGGGAAUUGUUGCAGUUUCCAACAAUACCAACAAUUGUGAACUGUCCCCUUGCACAGUGCUGAACGGUGGAUGUCAUGACCUUUGUCUUCUGACCCCUCACGGCACAGUCAACUGUAGCUGCAGAGGAGAGAGACUACUGCUGGAAGAUAACAGAUGUGUAUCUGAGAACUCCUCCUGUAACAUUCACACUGAGUUUGAGUGUGGGAACGGGGAGUGUAUCGACUAUCAGCUGACAUGUGACGGAAUAGCACACUGCAAAGACAAGUCGGAUGAGAAAAUGCAAUACUGUGAUAACAGAAACUGCAGACGCGGCUUCAAGAGCUGCUAUAACCAGCGCUGUGUGGCCAAUAGGCGGGUUUGUGACGGGGUCAACGACUGUGGAGAUAAUUCCGACGAGGUUUAUUGUAACAAUUCCACAUGCUCUCCCUCAGACUGGCGGUGUCUGAACGGGGUUUGUAUUCCGGCCUCGGCCCGCUGCAAUCAGAUCAUCGACUGUCCCGACGCCUCAGAUGAGAAGAACUGCAGCAACACAGGCUGCUUGGAUUACUACAUGCUGGGGGUGAAGGAGACGGUGUUCGUCAGCUGCAACUCUACCUCCCUCUGUGUCCACCCCUCCUGGAUAUGUGAUGGAGCCAACGACUGUGGGGAUUAUGCAGAUGAAACCAACUGCCGGACUCCUUCCCUCAGAAAGAGAUGUGAGGACGGCCAUUUUGCUUGCCCCAGUGGAAACUGCAUCCACACUGUCUGGCUGUGUGACGGAGUGAAAGACUGUGAAGACGGCGCAGAUGAAUUCCAGUGUGACUUGUCCUGCCUGUGGAACCAGUUUGCCUGCUCUAAGAACAAGUGCAUAGCCAAGCAGUGGCUUUGUGACGGAGAGGACGACUGUGGGGAUGGAUUAGACGAGAGUGCAGAGAUCUGUGGUACGGCUACCUGUGGCCCAGGGUUGUUUAGUUGCCCAGAGUCGUACGCCUGCGUCCCCAAACACUGGCUUUGUGAUGGGGAGAGGGACUGUCCAGAUGGGAGUGAUGAGCUCUCUGCUGCUGGCUGUGCCCCAAACAACACGUGCAUGGAGGGCAUGUUCCAGUGUCGUAAUCAGGUCUGCAUCCCACAGCGGUUCGCUUGUGACCAUGAUGAUGACUGUGGAGACGGCUCCGAUGAGACCCCGGAGUGUAAGUACGGGUCCUGCAGUCUGGGGGAGUUCCGCUGCACAGAUGGCCGCUGUUUACCCAGAGUCCAGUGGGAGUGUGACGGCCAUCCCGACUGUCUCGACCAAUCAGACGAGCUGCCACACAACCCCAAGUGUUCUGCUGCAGAAAGCUUGUGCAACGGCUCUUUCUUCAUGUGUGUCAACGGCCGCUGUGUCUCGCUGGCCAGCCUGUGUAACAGGAGGGACGACUGUGGGGACGCGUCGGACGAGAGGAACUGUCACGUCAAUGAGUGUCUGAACCGUCGAGUCAGUGGAUGCACACAGGACUGUGAAAACCUGCCUGUAGGCUACAAGUGCAAGUGUUGGCCGGGAUUUCGCUUGAAGAACGAUGGCCAAACGUGUGUUGACAUUGACGAGUGUUCAUCCGACCUCCCCUGUAGCCAGCUCUGCGUCAACACAUAUGGAUCUUACAAGUGUCUGUGUGCAGACGGCUACGAGGCACCAGCUAAGAACUCACACAGCUGCAGGUCUCUCUCAGCUGAAGAGCCCUUCCUGAUUCUGGCCGACCAUCAUGACAUCAGGAAAAUAAGCACUGAUGGAUCCAAUUAUACUCCUCUAAAACAGGGCCUCAGUAACAUUAUAGCAGUGGACUUUGACUACAGAAAGGAGAUGAUUUAUUGGAUCGACUCGAGCUCUCCUGCCCUAACCCAACGGAGGAUAAACAGAAUGCGACUGAAUGGGAGCGACCUGAAGGUAAUCCACAGGACGUCCACCCCCAGUGCUCUAGCCGUGGACUGGAUAGGUAAGAACCUGUACUGGUGCGACAUAAGGAAGAAGAGUCUGGAGGUGUCCAAGGCUAACGGACUCUAUCCUGUGGUACUGGUCAGCACUGGUCUGGACAACCCUACCGACCUGGCUCUGGAUGCAGACACUGGUUAUGUGUUCUGGAUCGACAGUGGAGAGUAUCCCCAUAUUGGGAGAAUAGGUUUGGACGGCAGCAGCCGGACGGUGAUCAGCGAUACAGACAUAUUCAGCCCUGCAGCUCUCACCAUCGACUACACAGCAAAAAGACUUUACUGGGCUGACUCGCAUCAAAUUCUCUUCUCAAACAUGGACGGUUCAAAAAGACACAAAGUGCCUAGUCAAGACAUCCGGGAGGUGACAGGGCUGACUCUGUUUGAGGAUGUCAUCUAUUGGACGGAUGAGAAGUCCAAGUCGCUGAACCGGGCCCACAAGACCUCCGGGGCUCAGGGAGCAGAGCUGCUCAGAUACUGGAGAGCCAUCCACAACAUCAAGGUGUACCACCCUCUCCGCCAACCCGACGUGCCCAAACACCAGUGUCAGGUGACCAACGGAGGCUGCAGCCACCUGUGUCUGCUCUCCCCCGGGGGAGGUUACAGGUGUGCCUGCCCCACCCACUUCUACCUGGCUGCAGAAAACAAGACCUGCCUUUCCAACUGCACAGCCAGCCAGUUCCGCUGUGGGACAGAUGAGUGCAUCCCCUUCUGGUGGAAGUGUGACACGGUGGAUGACUGUGGGGACGGGUCAGACGAGCCUCCAGACUGCCCUGAGUUUAAAUGCCAGCCAGGGAGGUUCCAGUGUGGAACUGGUCUCUGUGCUCUGCCUCCAUUUAUCUGUGAUGGGGAGAACGACUGUGGGGACAACUCUGAUGAAGCCAACUGUGAAUCGUACAUCUGUCUAUCUGGACAGUUCAAAUGCAGGAAGCGUCAGAAGUGCAUCCCACUGAACCUGCGCUGUAACGGACAGGACGACUGUGGAGACGGAGAGGACGAGACAGACUGCCCUGAGAGUACCUGUUCUGCCAACCAGUUCCAGUGUAAGAGCUCCAUGCACUGUAUCUCAGCCCUAUGGGUGUGUGACGACGACCCGGACUGUGCUGAUGGAUCGGACGAGGCCAACUGUGAUGAGAAGACUUGCGGUCCUCAUGAGUUCCGGUGCCAGAACAACAACUGUGUCCCGGAACACUGGAGGUGUGAUGGACAGAGCGACUGCGGAGACAACUCAGACGAACAGAACUGCAAGCCAGCCACCUGCCCCUCCAGGGACUUUGUGUGUGACAACGGAGAGUGCAUCUCUGCUCGUUUCCGUUGUGAUGGUGACAGUGACUGUGCUGAUAGCUCUGAUGAAAAAGGCUGUGAGACUCGCUCGUGCCCUGCGGACCAGUUCCAGUGUCUCAAUCACCUCUGCAUCUCCAACAAGUGGCUCUGUGACGGCCGGGAGGACUGUAAAAUGGGGGAGGACGAGAGGAACUGUCAAGGACCUGCGGUCCUUCCGUCCUGCGCCCUGAGUGAGUAUGAGUGUGUCGGGGGAGGCUGUGUGUCGGCCCGCCUGAGGUGUGAUGGCCAGAGAGACUGCCCAGAUGGAUCUGAUGAGGUAGACUGUGUGAGGGAGUGCAGGGAGGAUGAGUUCCUGUGUCUGAACAGAGCUCACUGCAUCCCCAGCCGCUGGCACUGUGAUGCCCUGCCUGACUGUGUGGAUCACAGUGAUGAGCAUAACUGUGUCCAGGCAGCCCACUCUUGCCGUGCGGAUGAGUUUAUCUGUACCAACACACUGUGUAAGCUUUACAUCUGGGUGUGCGAUGGAGAGGAUGACUGUGGCGAUAACUCUGAUGAAGACUCUGACAUGUGUGCUAAACUGCCGUGUCCACCGAGCAGACCCUACCGCUGUAGGAACGACAGGGUGUGUCUGCGCUCGGAGCAGGUGUGCAACGGAAUCGACGACUGUGGGGACAACUCCGAUGAAGAGAACUGUGAAGACGUGAUGCAGACCCCAAGGCCCUGUGGUAAGGUGGAGUUCACCUGCAGUAACCAUCGCUGCAUCCCGCAGCAGCUGCAGUGUGACCUGUUCGAUGACUGUGGAGACGGGGGCUCGGAUGAACUCGACUGUAAAGGUGUGGUUUCCAAGGAAGGGGUAUGUGGAGAGAGAGUGGGUCUAUGUGGAGAUGAAGCAUUCUGCAAUAAUACAGGAACAGAUUCUCUCUGUCAGUGCAAGGCUGGCUUUCAGAGGAGCCAGACGACGAGGCAAUGUGAAGAGAUCAAUGAAUGCCUUCAGUUUGGCAUGUGCUCUCACUACUGCACCAAUACCAAAGGAUCCUUCAAAUGCACAUGUGACCGUAACUUUAAAGAAAUCGAUGGUGAAUGUAUAACCAAAGGACCAGAGGAUCAAGUGCUCUACGUUGCUAAUGACACUGAAAUCCGAAGUUUUGUCUAUCCGUUUAAGCAGAGCCACGGACAGAAACUGCAUGCUCGCAUUGAGGACAAUGCUAAAAUCAUUGGGAUGGACGCUCUCUUUCACAGACACAAGUUUGUCUGGGCCACACAGUUUAACCCUGGUGGAAUGUUUUACAAAGACAUCGUAGACAGAAGUCUCACCAAGUCAAAUAGCGGAAUCAUAUGUCCUGACUUCAGAAGGCCCAGGGAUAUAUCUGCAGAUUGGGUGACUGGCAACAUCUACUGGACAGACCACUCCAGGAUGCAUUGGUUCAGCUACUACAACGCCCACUGGAGGAGGCUCAGAUAUUCCAUCAACGUGGGCCAGCUGGCAGGGCUAAACUGCUCUCGUCUCAUCACAGACAUCGCCGGGGAGCCUUACUCUAUCACUGUUAACCCAGCUCGAGGGAUGAUGUACUGGACAGUGGUAGGAGACCACUCCCACAUCGAGGAGGCUGCCAUGGAUGGGUCUAUGAGGAGAAUCUUAGUGGAGAAGAACCUCAGGAGACCCAGUGGACUUGCCAUUGAUUAUUUCAACCAGCGUUUGUACUGGGCUGAUACAGAGUUGUCUGUGAUUGGGAGCGUUCGAUUCGAUGGAUCGGACUCUGUGGUGGUGGUGAGCAGUACACAUGGUCUUUCCCAGCCUGUAAGAAUUGAUAUCUUUGAGGACUAUAUCUAUGGGAUCGGGAUGAGGAAUGAUGUCUUCCGGGUCCAUAAGUACGGAAAACAGCCAAUGGAACGGCUCCAUCUGGGAGUAGAGAGACCCUCCGUUGUCUUGGUCCUCCAUCGAUUCAAACAGCAAGACGUGUCCAAUCCGUGCCUAAGGAUGGGCUGUGAUUUCCUGUGUCUGCUCAACCCUGCCGGAGCCAGCUGUUUCUGUCCUGAGGGGACCACGCUAAUAAACAGGACCUGUAGGGACACUAAUUCAUCAGGAGAGCUGUGUCGCCCCGCCUGCGAGAACGGAGGACGAUGCAUCACCAACGAGAAGGGGGAGCUGCGGUGCUACUGCUGGCCAAAUUUCUCCGGGGAGCGCUGUGAAGUGAACCACUGUAAAGACUACUGUCAGAAUGGGGGCACAUGCUCAGGCUCUUCCAUAGGGAGGCCUACAUGUCGUUGUGCUGUGGGGUUCACAGGGCCGGUCUGUGAGAGGAAGGUGUGUGAUAACUACUGUCUGAAUGGCGGCACCUGUGACGUCAGCAAGGGGAACCAGCCAGUGUGUCGCUGUAUGGCCGAGUACACUGGGGAGCGCUGUCUCUACCAUAUCUGCCAUCACUUCUGUACCAAUUCGAAGGCUUGUACUCUGUCAAGCAAGAGCAAAGUGGAGUGUGUGUGUUCAACCAGAUAUGAGGGAGUGAAAUGUGACGUGGACAGAUGUCUCCAGUGUCGAGGGGCACCAUGUCUUGUCAACCCGGAGACAGACAACGUGUCCUGCAACUGCAGUAACGGUAGAGUGGCAGCCACCUGUCAGCUGUGCGAUGGGUACUGUUACAACGGAGGAACCUGUCUACAGGACCCUGAGACCAGUCUGCCGUCCUGCCAGUGUCCAGCUGAUUGGUCAGGUACACAGUGUGAGAAACUUGCCCCCAAGAACAGUCUGCCUGGCAACAUCAGCGGGGGAAGCAUGGCCAUCAUUGUCCCACUGGUUCUGCUGGUGAUUCUCAUCACUACCAUGGCCUUGGGGGUUUUCAUAUGCAAGAGGAGGCAAAGGGGGAAAAUAGUCCAGCGGCAGCCCAUGGCGAAUGGUGGGCUAAACGUAGAGAUCGGUAACCCCUCGUACAACAUGUAUGAGAUGGACCACGACAAUCACUCUGAUGCUGGGAAUCACCUUCAGCCAAGCUUCACCCUAGACCCACACAAGGGUUGGUGUGUUGGUGUGAGGUCCAGUCACCUGCACACUCUGUCAGUUCACCCUGAUGGAGUACAUCAUCUCCCUAAGGAGAUCCUUCCUGGACAGGCCAUAAACUCCAACCCAGUAUACGCUAAGUUAUACCUUGAUCAGGGACAGCACUGUCGGAAGCCCGUCAUCAAUAUCGAGGAGAGAAGCGAGCUACUCCCAAAGAAACUGGAGGCAACUAUACGAGAGACAGUUGCAUAGCCUUUUACUGUACGCUAUUGGUAUAAUUUUUUAUAUGAGCUGUAUACAUGUACAAAAUGAAAAGAAGGAUUUUUAUAUGUCCAUAUCACACUAGAAUUUUCUGUUUUCAUGUUAUGUCUGAGGCAUCAUCAGGCAACACUGCGAUGUGUAUCUUUUGCAUUGCACUGAAAAACAUCACCUGAAAAUGACCUUCCCUCCAAUGCUUUCCUUCAACUGAAGUAGUCCCUGCUAUGAUGCUUUGAGCUCGCAACUGUUACCAGCUGAUCGCUAUAAUCAAUGUGUUUCAAGGAUAGGACAAAAAAAAAGUGUACUAUGGUGUCACAGCCUACAUUCAUGUAUACAGUAUUUACCUUCUCAAAUGACGAUAAAAGGUGUAACAGAAGUUUUAUAAUUUUAUAUAUGAUUUAUAUAUGUCCAGUUUGGCUUGUAUUUUCUGACAAGAUAUUACGUGUAGUACUUUUAUACAAAACUGUACAGUAUAUCGAUAUGUAAUA